GGGUUUGUCACUCGUAUAGUAAUCGGAUGUCCGGUGUCGGCGAAUCGGAUCGGAGGUCCAUUGCGACCAAGAGAUACAAGGAGAUUUUGCUUAUUUAACAAGGAGAUUUAUGGUUUGAGCAUUACUGGUAACUGAAAUUAGUUGUGUUGAAAACAAAAAAAAAUGGAGGGAGAGAGUGGGCGGCUGUUGGAGCUACCGGUCGAUACACUGGUGGAUAUCCUUUUGAGAGUGCCUGCAAAGUCAGUGGGCUGCAUCAAAUGUGUGUCGAAGACCUUGUUGAAGACCGUGAGCGACGUCUCUUUCUCUACACUUCACACGCGUUUAUGGGCUGCUGCUGCUGAUCAAGUGCCUCGACUCAUGUUUUGCUCUCGCCAUGAGAAUCUAUUGAGUUUGCAAUCGGUGAAAUACAAGGACAAUGCCUUAACAAAAGGAAGAUAUACAAUCAAUGUCUCGUCACCCACUGACACUGAGGCGAAUGUGCGUUUUGUUUUCCACAACAUUGUUUGCUUGGUAUUCUCCGGUGAAGGAGAUUCCAUGUUAGUUAACUCUCUUGGGGAAAGGGGAGUUCUACGGCUGCCCGAAUGUAUUUUUGCCAGACAGGAGAGAUUUUCCCGAGUAAAUCCCCGUUGUUGGUUUGGUAUGGCAUUUGAUGAUAGAACCAGUACAUACAAAGUUUUAUGUGUUACUUCUGAAAAAGAUUAUCAAAUUAGACAUGGAGCAAUGAGAGUACAUGUUCUUGUAUUGGGUACGAACUCGUGGAGACAGAUAUCCUCACUCCCUCCUCCUGAGUUCAGCUGGAUACCCAUAGUCGACAAGCCGACAUGCACAAAUGGAGCUGUGCAUUGGUUGACAGGAACAGAAUGUGAUCGAAUAGUUUCUUUCGACUUCAGGAGAGAAGAGUUCUGUUGGACCCCUUCUCCUCCCGCAUUACAACAAAGCUCGAAGGAGGACUGGAUGGAAUCGAGAAUGUGUUUGUUUACUUUGAAAGGCUGUUUGGCCAUUCUGAGGACAAAGAGUUUCUGGUCAUUUAGCAGUGGUAAGAUCAGGAAUAUCGAGAUAUGGGUGUUGAAAGAUUUCAAUCAAGAAGAAAGACUGGGAGAUGUACUACAAUAACAAGAUACCACCAGACUGUUUCCCCUUUGAGGUUUAUUGUGCUCGGGUGGAGGAAUGGGAACAUGGCAUAUAUUGCACGAAUUACAAUUGUCAGGAGAUUUCUGUUUUCUUUAUAGAUGUAAGAUCUGGCUUUGUCAAUCUUGUGGUAUACCCAUUAGGUGGUGUUACUGCAGGGGCCUCAACAGUUAUUUAUGAUGAAUAUCUAUGGAUGUACAGUUAUUCUGAGACCUUUAUUUCCUUGAAAGAUUAUGGUGAUUUGGAGGAUGCUCAUCAAGUGAUUACCCGAUGUUAAGAUAUGGCGAUUUGGAGACUCAUGUACCUG